AUGUACCUACCCCUGCACCCGAGAUUUACCCUGUGGACAUGUCCCGCUGAGCGAACACCCCUGCCAUCCGGACACGGACCCCUGUCCGCCAUGUGUGACAGGGUGCGCCCUCCUGCGGACAAAGCUGUGACAAGACCCUCGACGCCUGUGGACACGUUUGCCUCCGGUUCUGUCAUACGGGCCCUUGUAUUGACACGACGCAUAAAUGUGCAUCCAAAUGCGGACGUGUACGAUCUGUUUGCGGACAUACUUGCGCGUUUCCUUGCCAUGGCACACGAUUCUGUGCUGAAGACCGCCCUUAGCUUGGGAAAUACGCUGGAACUUGCCUGCGAUGACGCAUGCGCCGUGGCCGAACGUAACCGCAAACUAGCGGAAGCUCUCGAAAUUACCCCUUCCAUCCGACCCACCAUCACUUGGCCCGCUACACUGAUCCACCAAGCCAACCAAAACCCAACCCUCGUAAAAUCCAUUGAAAAAACUCUCGAAACCUUUCUUUCCGACCCCACGAAACGUACACACCAUUUCCCACCGUCGAAAUUCAACGCCUUUAUUUCCUCCCUGGUUGGUUUCUAUAACCUUACACCCACAUUUCUUGACACGGACCGGAAAGCACAGUCCAGCAUUCUUGUUCGUAAAACACCUACUUCCUGGGUCCCGUCCAUUCUUCUUAGCGCUGCCUCGCAAUCUAAACCCCCCACAACCACCGCCUCCACGACAACCUCAACCGCACAUAGCAACACAACACACCGUAACACCGCCACACCGACCAACACACCUCACUCUACCUCCCUCACCAUCACGUCCCUCCCCGACGGCAUGGACACCAACGACAUUCAAAUCCUUCUUGACCCCCUCCUAGAUUCCACCAUUUCGACUCACAUCCAUUGGACGACCCCCACGGACGUCAUUGUAUCCUUUUCGACCUAUCCUGAAAGCAUCGAACGAAAUGUUCGAAACAAGUUUGUUGGGAAUGGGUGGGCCAAGGAUGUUUUUGUGAGUGAGGUAAAGGAGAGGGGUAAACCCAGUGGGCCGGUUGUACCAGUCCCUGUACCUGUGCCUGUUCCCACUGGGAACUCGUUUGGUGUGCUUUGUGAUGAGGAGGAUCGGGGAAUGGUGGAAAGAGGACCUACACCAGAGUCUUGGGAUAAUGAAGAUUGA